AUGACGCCAACGGGACAAGUGGUCCCCAUUUUGGUCCACCCUGCACUGCUGCCGACGCAUUUGCCGCCGCCGCCGUGCCUCGUCGCUGCCGAUGGCACGCUGAUCUUCCCGCCCGGAUUCAUACCGCCUCCUUUCCCGGCCGUCACCAACGAAGAAGAACUCCACCAGUAUACGGCUGAGAGUCCCGAGUCCGCCACGUCUUCCUCUUCGCGCUCCGAGACUCCGGCCCUUCACCAGCAGUCUUCGUCUUCGUCGUCUGUCUCCAACUACUGCACCUCGGUGAUACCAGCGUCGCCGGCGCCGUCCUUCGCUCCGUCGGUCGUGCCCCUUCCCGGACUUCCCUUGCCUUGGCACUCACUCGUCAUGCCCUUCCAAAGGAAAAUGCUGCCAGUCAAGAUCACUCCCAUCGACUCGGACUACGACCGGAGGAGAAGUUGGCGAUAUGAACAGCGGCGGCCCAGCAGCGGAUCUUCGGCACAUUCUUCGGUUUAUGGCGGCGCAUUUACCCCUACUACUUCUGAAUACUCACAUUAUUACCCUGAAACGGUUUGUCUUUUUUCCUGGACGUGUGUUUUUUGUUUGGAAACGUUUUUUUCAUUGAGAGAAACUUUUGUUUUACCGGUUUAGAAUCUUUUUGAAUAACUUUUGGGUUAUUGGUCAUGUCGAUAUCGUCAUCUGAAAAGUAGACGACCAUUAUUCUAAAUAAAAGUACAGAGUUUAGAAAAAAAUAAAUCAUUUUUUUGCUUUUUUUGAAGAUAUAUAUAUAUAUAUAUAUAUAUAUACGAUUGGUCACGUCAAGAGUUGAAUCUAAUGACAAAAAACACAAAAAAAGUUGUCUUUGCAAGGUUUUUCAGAAGAUAAGCCAAUAAUUUCUAGGUAUCUUCACAAGAUUCUGGCCGAGCGACCGGAGGCCUAGCCUCAUCGCUCUCGCCAAUGGACGAGCACAUGGUGAACGGCAACGUGCAGGACGGAACCCUCGUCGACGACUUGAUGGAUCCGAUGCCCAUGUACGAAUUCGAAAUCCCCAACAGUUUGGUCGGACUCGUGAUUGGAAUCAAGGGAAAAACUAUUCGAGUAGGGAUUUUCCAUGAAAAGACCCAAUUAUUGUUUCAUUUUUCCAGGAAUUGAGCGUUAGAACAAAGGUCAGAAUGUUGAUCCGUCAACAUCACACACCUGAGAAGGUUGAUACGCAUCAAAUUUGCCAGGUACAACUAUUUCUCUAUUCAGUUAAAAUUUUUAUCUUUUUAUAUUCAGUGAAAAAAACUUUUUAAGAAGAAAAAUUUUUAUUUUUUUGAAAAAAAUAUGAAUUCAAUAGUGUAAAAAAACAGUUGGAAGAUCUGAAUUUUCAUGUUCUUUAAGCUUCUAGAACUCAGGUAGAAAAUUUUAUUUUCAUUAAAAUUACCCAGAUUUCCAACAUAUGAGCUGCUUUGAAGUCAAAAGUGCGAACAAAUUACUUAUUUUUAAGCUUUCACGUCAUUUUUCUGGCCUUUUUUUCAAGUUUUCAAAAUGUUCAAAAGAACUGCUCACCUACAUUUUCUGACAUUUGUUUUUUCAAUGACUUCAACAGCUCGUUUCCAGGUGCGAGGACAGCGAGAAGAGAUAAACCAUUGCCUCCAAAUGCUCCGCCGCCGCUUCCCACCGGCACGGUUCCCAGAGUUGAACCUUCAGCCAGUUCUGCCGCCGCCACUUCCCAACCACUACUUCGACAUGAUCCACACACAGCCAUCUUGGGUAAUUGAGAUGUUAAUUGAGCCGCCGAGAGUAGACUUAUGAAAAACUAUUCAUUGACAAAUUAUCAUUUCUUUUCUCUGCUAGCAAAGAUUUCCUACUUUUCAAACUCGUGCAAAAGUCUUGACGUUAGAUAAGAGGCGUUGUAUUUUAAAAAUCCAAGAAAGUAUUAUAAUUUUUUUCAGCUGACGCUCCCCGAGGAAGUUCCAUGCGAGGUGGCCGUCUCGAACAUGGUCGACGUCUCCCAGUUCUUCCUCCAGCAGCCGACUCAUCCCUCCUUCGCCUCGCUCCGUCAUCUCGACCUCUACAUGCUGCGGCUCUACAGCGAGCACACUCAGAUCCCAGAACUUCCUGUUCCUUGUCAAAGUCCGUUUUUUGGCACAGUUUAUAGACAUCUUUGUAGUUUCUUUCUAAGAAAACAUCUUAAAAUUCUUCGAUUUUAUGUGUACAUUGAACACCUAGACCCUUUGAAAAUCAAAGAAAAAACUAAUUUGAAGCAAGCGAAAGUUUGUGAAUUUCGAUUUAAAAGCGGCCUUUUCAUUAUAUUCAAAUUUUUCAAAGAAUAUCAUUUUUUUAAAUCAUCAAAUGUUCAAAACGCGUAGUGAAUACCCAAAGAAGACACUUCGUAAAAAAGACCCAAAAAUGGAGGUCUAUGUUGAACUUUCUCACGAGUUUUUUUUAACAACACCAGACUAUGUCAUACGAUUUUACUCCUCUCCCAGCUGCUUUUUCCACUUUUUCUCUUUUGAUCGGGUUGGCCGUACACAUGUGACGACAGCUGCCUAGAGUAGCGUGUAAUUUGUCAAAUAGUUUCAACUAUUUUCGUCCGUCUCCUUGCUCUUUCGAUAUCAAGGCUUUCGGGAGUUGGAUUGAGAGAAAAAUGGUGUAGGUAUUCUCGAAAAGGAAGAUUUAUGAAGAGCAUAACAAUUCCAGAUACUUUAUAAUUUUUCUAGACCAUUUCAGACUUCAGUUAUCCUAAAUUUUUUUGAAAAAGAACAAAAAAAUCAUUAAAAUUUAAACGGCCUUAUGAAAAAAAUACAACAAUUAGAAAUAAUUUUUUUAUUACAAAAAAAAAUUUUUCAAGUGACUUUGAAAAAUUUGACGACGUUAGGGCUUCUCAGCUCAAAAAAUGACAAGAUUGAUGAUUUAUAAUUAACUUUUCGAAGAAGAGUCAAAAUAUUCAAAUUUAUUAAAUUUCCAAUUUUUCAGCCGGUCUUUUGUGCGCCGCCCCAGUGAUGAACGCCUGGUUCCGCGCCGUGACGGUCAACUACUUCGAGGAGAGCGACGAAGUCCUCAUCCGAUUCGUUGACUACGGCGGCUAUGCGCGACUCCCGCGUCAGGAGCUCCGUCAGAUCCGGUUUGUCUUUUUUUUUCUGGGAAUAACUGCUCUUUUGAAAUUUCUAUCGAGUUUUAACUGAUUAUCUGAGUUUUCAGCACGGACCUGAUGUCGCUGCCGUUCCAGGCCACUGAAGUUUGCCUCGCGCACGUCAAGCCAGUCGAUGGUCAGCAUUGGCAAUUUUUACGUUCAGAAAAAAGAAAGGAGAGAGUAGUUUGAGCUAUUAGAGGCCCUAUUUUCCAGGGAACCUCUUGGAAAGUUCUAUCUUAUUAAGUUGGGGAAAUUGUGGAAAAUAAAACUGACCGGGAAAUUUUUAAAUUCAAUUUUCACCGGCUUUUGUUAAACAUCGGGAAAAUUUUAUAACCGAUUAUUUUAGAGAGGAACUGAAUUCGCUCAAGUCUCUCAGAAAACUGUCAACUUUCAAAGAAUAAUUGUAAUCUUUUCCAGGAACCUUGCAAUGGGACGAGAAGGCCUUCGAGGAAUUCCGCAGCCUCUGCAUGGGCAAAGUGGUCACGGCCAAGUGCAUCGGAUACGCGGCAGACACGAAAGUCCCCAUGGUGGAACUGUACGUUUCAAACGACGAGACGGAUGAGAGAAAGGUUCGUUUCUGUGAAAAAUUCGCGAAAAUUUAGGUGAUAAUGGGUAGACUUCAUUUAAUAUCUGACAGGAAGAAGUUUAGAAUCCAUAAAAAAUAGUACAGCUGUAUUGAAAUUUCAGAGAUUUGCUAUAAUUAAAAUGUUGGAUAUCAACUUUUUAAAGUUGCAUGUUAAUUUUUUUAGACGUGAUUUUUUUAAAUAAGAUCUUCGAAGCUUCAAUGUUCGAUUAUGGAAAUAAUUUUCGAAAAAUAAAGAAUAUUCUGAAAAAUAAAAAUAAAAAUCAAGGGCAAAAAACGAAGGAUAGUCUUUGAAGAGAUUGAAAAAAACAAGAAAAUUAAAAAUACAUGAAAAAUUAUCACGAUAAUGAGCAAAAACGAUCCUAAUUGCAGGUGGUGAGGUUCGACACCCACCUGAUGGAGCUCGGUCUGGCACGGACCUCAGAUCCGUCAAAGAUGAUCCGGACCUCGUUGUCGAGCAUGAUCCACAAGAGACUUUCCGUCUCGUCUCAGAACUCGAUCAACGCCUGA